GCUCCCCAUCUUUCCAUAUUCCUUUCCAUUUCGUGUGACAGGCGGGGCUCCCUUUCUAUGAGCACGGUCCAGUCAGAGCCCUUCUUCCCGUCCUCCACUUUUGACGUCGUCUUGUUUCUUUCCAUUCCUGAAAUCCCGUCACCACCUCCAACCUCCACCACCAUCCACCAUGGCCACCUCGGCGCCCCAUACACCACAACCGUCGCAUCAAUUGGGCAACGACAACAACAACUCCGAUACUCAAGUAUUACCCACACAAUCAUUGUCCCCAAGUGCCUGUCCACGGCCGCCGCCUCAAACAGGCGCCGACGAUAACAACCUCGAUGCCCGAGUAUCGCCCACGCAGCCGGUGUCCUUCUCACGUGUCGAUGGAUACAACGGCGACGACGUGUCAACAGCGUCUGACACGGACGACCACCUAGGAAGUUGCCAGAUCAACCUGGUUUCCCUGGCAGCCCAAGCGGUUUGGGCGGACAGAGGACUUGAUCGGCACAUAUCAAACCUAAAAGCGGACUUGCACUUCGACACCGAGAAACGAACAGCUCUAAUUACACUCCGCGGCCAAUGCCUACUCAAAACUGUCUCUUCCGGCACUGUUCCUCUUUAUCUGUUCAUCUACCCCGAAAGCAUACAGUCUGUUGAAUUUGGAUACACCCCUUCGCCUACGGCUCCCACCACGGAGCAGGGUGGAGCAGCGUCUGGUCUGAAAAGGUUUAUUCGUCUGCGCUUCAUCUUGACACAGCCUCCUACUUUGGUAGCGCCCAAAAACCAGCCUUUGGAGCCUAAGGGGUCAUCUACGAUCCUCGUGGAUGCUCUUCACUCUCUUGCCACAGUCAAAGACCUCUCCAUCUACCUGGAUUCGUCCCCCCUCCUGACCGAUGUUCGACGACAAUUGGCCUUGCUUCCAUCAAUCUUCUCGCAUGCCAAUAUCAGCAACAGACUAACAACACACGUGAAACACACAUCACUAUGUAAGCUUUACCAGGGUACUGGCGGGCAGGUCAUCAACCCGAGGACUACGGCAUGCGAACCAGCACUCCACGAGGCACAAGAGACGCAACCAGCCAGUUCUACGCAAGCCGCAUUUGAUGUGCUUCAAGAUCCUGCGCAAACAUCAACUCAGACGCGCAAACGAUCAGCAAGCGCAAGCGGAUUCUUGCCUCCAUACCUCGAUCGCCAAGAUGAACGCGUCAUCGCAGGUCCAAGCAACCACCAAUUGUUCGAAUCGGCCGAGCGGAACGCCUCCCAGAGUCAAGAAUCAACGCAAUUCUCCCCCUCAUCAGAUCGAAACGGAAAGCGCCCACGACUCGCAACCCCCUCCAACCUCGACUUGCCCUCUCUCCCGCCCACACCAACUGCUGCCGACUUUUUGGAAGCGUCAACCGACCCUUCAAAGUUCUACACCAUCAGGCAACAGUUCCUUACCCGCAUCGCGGCCCUUGAAAGGCGCAACGAACAGCUCUUCACCCGCAACGUGGCUCUUGAAGCGCGCGUCGAACAUUCUUCAAAGCUGGAAGACUGGUUCAAGCUGGAAGUCCGAGAGCGAGUUGGCGGUGAGGUGACGCGUCAGCUGGACAAGCUGCACCAGAAGACGGGUAGGAAGUGGGAGGAAGAAAUCAGACAGGAAGUGCGGGAUCAGAUCACCGAGGAUGUGAAGGAGGAACUCUAUGAAGACGCAACGAAGCAGGUGCUGAGGAGGAUGGCGACGGUGUUGGUGGAAGCGGUGGACGGCAGUGGGUGGCUUGUCCCUGGAAGCACUGCUUGUGAAAAUCUUUUGUCGCGUUCCGUCGUGCCUGGUGAAAACGCUCUUUACGCCGCCGUCGCCGAUGUGCAAAAGACCCAUGCUGAGGAAAUGAGCGAGGAGGAGAUGGCUAGGGUGAUGGAUUACUUGGAGCAAAACCCACUGAGCGCUGUUAAGUACAACGCUUGUGGGGAGACGAUGAGGAAGUAUUUUGUUGGGCAGUGGAAAGCUGAUACGAGGCGAAGGAGGUCGUGGGGGAUGGCGAGGUGGUAGCCUGGGAAUCGGGGUGCCGAUUACCAGGCCGACAACAACUGGACGACUCUUUGCGACAUCUAAUGAUUAACGACGUUUCCCUCUUUUCCUCAAAAUUGAUGACAUGUCUGA